AGAUGCAUAUGGCUGUAAAACUCGCCUUGAACUAAAAUUGCCCAAUGAUUGGGAAGUACUAACAUUUUCUGUGCUAAUAUCGAAUACAAAAAAACAAUCCAAAAUACUUUCAUUCAAAAACUUAUUGUCAUAAUAGUGUCCUACUACAUUCUGGAAGAUAAUUAGAUGUGUUUACUAUGGAACUAAAAUGAAGCAAUUAACUCUUCAUCAUCAUACACGUAACAUUUUAUAUAAUUUAUUAAUUGUGAUUCAUGAAAGACCAUGGGAGACAAAAAAUAAUGUCAUGUGAGUGCGAUAAAAAAGAGAUGUCUGAGGGAGAUCUUCUGGACCGGACAUGUCUCGGCGAAGGCAGCGUGGCGUUACCUGUGGGGCGCGCCGGCCUGCACCAGCACUGGAAGGAGUUUGUGUGUGGAGGAGGCUCGGCAUUCUGCAACAUUCUCAUAAGCUACCCACUGAACAAGCUCAUAUUUAGACAGAUGAUGCAUGGAGUAGAAACAACAUUUGCCCUGAAUCAGUUGCAGAAAGAGGGUCUGGGGUUUCUCUAUCGAGGAAUGCUGCCUCCAUUAAUGCAGAGAUCACUGUCAAUGUCCCUCAUGUUUGGAGUGUAUGAUGAAUGCCUUCAACCAAUAUUGGAGAGGAAGGUGAACCCAUAUGUAGCUAAAACCUUUGCGGGAGUUGUUGCCGGCUGUGUUGAGGCCACGCUCAUGCCAUUUGAGAGACUACAAACAUUACUCAUACAUCCAAAAUACCAUAAUAAGUUCAGGAAUACAGCACAUGCAGCAAGCCACAUUGCCAAGCACUAUGGUAUUAAAGAAUUUUACAGAGGGCUUGUGCCUAUACUCUUCAGAAAUGGUCCAUCCAAUGCAAUGUUUUUUGUAAUUCGCGAUGAAGUGCGCAUACGAUUACCUCAACAAGAAAGAGCAGUUUACACAGGUCUGCAAAAUUUUUUAGCGGGUGCUACUAUAGGUGCGCUACUGAGCACAAUGUUUUACCCCUUGAAUGUUAUUAAAAUUGCCAUGCAGUGCGAACUUGGUGGUCCACACCGGACAGUGAAAUAUGAAUUUAACUAUAUUUUACGCAAGCGAGGCUCAAAGUUUAUCAAUUUUUACCAUGGGGCUGUACUGAACAUCUCCCGCGCGUUCUUAAGUUGGGGAAUCAUAAAUGCUUCCUAUGAAGUUUUUAGAAAAUUUUUAUAUUCCUAGUCAAGUUGUUUUAUUCUAUUAUUUAUUUGAUGGUGUUACAGUGAUAAUUAUGUUAAAUCGUUUUAUUUUAUUUAUUUCGCAAUAUGUGCGGUGAUGUUUGAGUAUACAUGUGUAGAUAUGCAAUUUGUGCACGAAGACGACUAGCACUAAAGUUUUGCUACUACAACCAUAAAAUAGUCUACUGAAUAUGGAAUGACGAGACGUAAGAAGUGAAAAUAUUGCUAAAAUAUAAUUUUAGUAUGCAGACAAAUUGUUUUAGAAUUAUAAUGUAUGUCUAUAAAUUUGUGAAUAUAUAAAUAUUUGAAGGGUAUGUUCCACCCAAUCAAUAAGUUAUUUUUUGAAUGCUUAUCUUGGAUAGAGUGGAGUUAAAUUUAAAUCUGUUAUUGUGCUUGUUGUUUAUAUAUUUGAUGAUAUUAUGUUAUUUUUAAGUAGACAAUGUUAAUUUAUACAUUUGAAAGCAUUUACAUCAAUGUUUUACAAUUAUCUGAUUAGCUUUAAAUCGUGAUUGCCCCUGUAUGAUAUUUUUUGUAUUUAUCUAGGUGUUGCGAUUCUCGACACUGCUAUAAUAUUCAAUUUUUGGAAAUAGUACAAUGCUUUUUAGUGCAUUAUUUGUUACAAUACUGCAGUAUUCGAGUCCAUAGCAAAUAACCAAAUACUUAACAGUAUGUUGAUCUGUGUUAUAACAUUAGCUGAAUUAAUGUACCUACUUACAAACCUAUCUACGCAGGUUAUUCUAAAAGAAAUAAAUGCGAUAAAACAA